CUGUAUCAACUUUAUCCAAAUAUUUAAGUAAAAAUAAAAGCAUAAAGUAAUGUCAAGUCCCACAAUGAUUGAGAUUUAGAAAUUAACUAUGAAAGAGUACAUCAAACUGAUCAAAAGAGGAAGUAGAAAAAGCUUGUAUCCUUCUCUGUUUUGGUUGAAAACAAAAUAUAACAACCUUUCAACAGGAGGUCGUUUUCAUCAUCUCAAUCCCAACUUAACCAAGAUGAACUGGUCAAUUCUUUCGGUAACCAGACGAUUCCAAUUAAAACUGAUACGGUCUUUACCAAACUGUAUAGAUCUUAUGUAUACACGUGGGUUUCACAUUGUCCUUUAAACUCCCAAUUGACAAUCACAAUAUUUUAGAUGAUAAACAAAUAAUAAAAUCAUUUGGUUAGUAACUUCAUUGAAGUUUUCCGGUGAAAUGACUUGGUCAGAUCUCAGAAGUCAAAACCCAAUUCGUCCAGUGACAUGCGACAGCUUAUACAAUUUGAUUAUGACGUGGACGACCUAAACAAAAAGUCAAUAUAUCCAAUCUGUUGACCGUUAACGCCUUUUAAACCAAAUUCGAAUUUAUCUCCGUACGUACACGAGAUCUUGAUUGUCCGAUUCUGAUCGAUUGGAAUCAAUGAACGCCUCACAAAUCAACGUUGCCUCCGACCGAUUCUGCUCUCUAGAACAAGAUGCUGUUGAUAUGACAUUGGAGGAUCAGGAAGAUGCAUGUAGAUAUGCGAGGCGUGAGAAACAUAAUUUCUCUAGGGAGCAGAGAAAGCUUAUCCAGGUAAUGAAUGUAAAGAGAAAAAGAGACUUUCUUUGCUUGGAGAACGUUAACGGCGAGAUGGUGAACAUACUGGAGGGGCUCGAAUUGCAUACCGACGUUUUCAAUGCAGUGGAACAGCAGAAGAUAGUUGAUAAAGUGUGUGAGCUACAAGAGAAGGCACGUAAAGGAGAACUAAAGCGUGGAUUUACUCCUAAAGGAAAAGGACGUUCAGCUAUUCAAUUCGGUUGUUGUUUCAACUACCGAACAAGCAAAGCUGGAACCCCGGCUGGGAUUCUUAGGCAUGAAACUGUUGAACCAUUACCUGCUCUUUUCAAAGUGAUCAUUAGAAGGUUGGUUGAAUGGCAUGUCCUGCCUCCAACUUGUGUACCUGAUUGUUGUGUCGUCAACAUCUAUGAUGAAGGUGAUUGCAUACCUCCUCAUGUCGAUAAUCACGACUUUCUUCGUCCAUUCUGCACCGUUUCUUUCCUUAGUGAAUGCAAUAUCCUCUUCGGAUCAAACCUAAAACUUGAGGAAAAUGGUGAAUAUUCGGGUGGUUCAUACUCAUUACCGCUUCCAGUUGGAUCAGUGCUUGUGUUAAACGGCAAUGGAGCUAAUGUUGCUAAGCAUUGUGUACCUGAAGUUCCUACAAAAAGAAUAUCAAUUACAUUUAGAAAAAUGAACGAGUCAAAACGUCCAAUCUGGUUCACACCAGAGCCUGAUCUGCAAUGGAUACAGCCAUUGCAAGUCGAGCUGGAAUCGUCCAGUUCAUCUGACCAUGUUUAUUAAUUUCUGAAAUGUGUAAAUUUAUGUAAAUUUCAGUUUGAUUUGUGGUUAUAUAUAAGGUGAAUAAUUGUGUUUUCACUUUUUCUUUAAUAAUGUGACCAAACAACAUGUUCUACGAAAUCAAAUAAAUUUAAAAUU